AUGAGCGAGACCGCCGUCGUCGAGAACGCGGUCACCAUCGUCAACGCAACAAUGUGGCCCCUCGCGGGCAUCGCCACACUCUUUUUCGCCCUCCGACUGUACUGCCGCAUCGCUAGAUCCCGGGAGACGGGAUGGGACGACUACGCCCUGGCGGCCGGCUGGGUCCUCCUCCUCGCUGCGGGAGGAACCCUCGCCACGACAACCAUUGAAUGGAACUACUUUGGCACCUCGCUCGACUCGCAGUCCAGCGCCACGGUGCCGCUGCUGGUCAGCCUCACGCAUACGUUACACGUCCUCUCCCUGGCCCUGGCCAAGACGGCGUUCGCCGCCACGCUGCUGCACUACUCCUCCCGGGCGGAGAAGGUCGUCGUCUGGACCAUCAUCGGGUCCAUCAACGCUCUUUUUGUUUUUCAUGUGUUUGCGCAGUGGAAGAGUGUCUGCGGCGACGAGUCGCAGGCCUACAGGCUACCGGGGGACUGCUGGGUGGUCCGCAAUCCCGGCAUCGUCAACAUUGUCAGCUCUAUGUAUUCUGCCGCCACUGAUUUCCUUCUUGCGUUCCUCCCGUGGCGCGUGUUUCGGCGCCUGCAGAUGAACAAGACCGAAAGGAUCGUCGUUGGCGUUUCAAUGACUUUUGCUCUUAUUGCUGGGGUGACAGGCAUAUUGAAAGGCAUCCAAAGUAUCAAGACGCUCGACAGAUCAGACCCACAACUAAUGUGGAAUCUGCUGUUAUUUUGGAUCUUUGCCCUGGCCGAGCCCAGCGCCACAAUCAUCGCCGCCUCCAUCCCGUCCUUCCGCGUGCUCGACAACGCCACGGGAAGCUCCGACUUCAGGAUCUCCCGCAGCCCCGCGGCUUUCCUCGCCGACAUGGAGCAGGGCCAGAAACGCUCCAAGCCGAGGGCCGAGGAGCCCGUCGAGCACCUACUGGAGGACUCGGACAGCGACAACAGGAGCAUACUGACCACCCACGACGGGAGGCGGACGCGUGCUGUUACCACCGCCGGCGGGGGCAUCACGCUGAAGACGGAGGUGUCGAUUGAGUUCAACCGCAACAGCGGGCGGACGUUCAAGAAGAAGGGGGAGGCGUACGAGAUGCAGCCUGGGGUCCAGCGCUCGAAUUCGAUAAAGGUGAAGGGGAAGGAGCAGGUUCUUCCGUAUACCCCUGGGAAAGGGACUUUUAACGAAUGA